CAACAGCUCUACGUUGGAUCUGAGUCAGUCAUAGCACAAGUGAAGUUCCACCAGUGUGACAUGUACGGCACCGCCUGUGCAGACUGCUGCCUCGCUCGAGAUCCAUACUGUGCUUGGGAUGGGAUCUCCUGCUCUAGAUAUUAUCCCACAGGAAUGCAGGCUAAGAGACGUUUCCGCAGACAAGAUGUUCGACACGGAAAUGCAGCGCAGCAGUGUUUUGGCCAGCAGUUCAUUGGUGAAGUCCUGGAGAAGACUGAGGAGCGACUUGUUUAUGGAAUAGAGUACAACAGCACCCUUCUGGAGUGCAUCCCUCGGACCUUACAAGCAAAAGUAAUCUGGUUUGUGCAGCGAGCGCAUGACACUAAGAAGGAAGAGGUGAAGACGGAUGAUAGAAUAAUCAAAAUGGACCUUGGCCUCUUAUUCUUGAAGCUGCAUCGGCUGGAUGCAGGGACCUAUUUUUGUCAGACAGUGGAACACAGCAUUGUUCACACUGUCAGAAAAAUCACUCUGGAAGUAGUCGAGGAAGAACGUGUAGAUGAAAUGUUCAGUAAAGACUAUGAGGAGGAGAUACCUCAUAAAAUGCCAUGCCCAAUGCAAAGCAGUAUACCUCAGGCAUCAAAGCCAUGGUACAAGGAAUUUCUUCAACUAAUAGGUUAUAGCAACUUCCAGAGGGUGGAGGAAUACUGCGAAAAAGUGUGGUGUACAGAUAAGAAGAGAAAAAAGCUAAAAAUGUCUCCAUCCAAGUGGAAAUAUGCCAACCCUCAGGAGAAGAAGGCAAGGAUCAGGCCAGAGCAUUACCGGCUGCCCAGGAACAUAGCUGACUCUUGAUGGCCAAAAAUCCAUCUACUGUUUCUGGGUGAAAUUUUAUUUGGACUUAAGUAAGAGGGAGAAAUCAGUCUUGAUAUUGGUAAAUGACACAGGUUUAUAUAUAUAAAAUAUUGGAACUGAAAACAAAAAUGCUAUAGUAAGUUAUACUGUACACUCCUGAUGACUGUUUAGAAGCAUUUUAAACCCAAUCUUCUUAACUAUCUGGUUCGAAGUAGGUCAAUGCAAUCAGAGUUUUGCAUUAAGGAGGACGUG